AUGGCCGAGUGGUCGCAGCCGCGCGAGCGAGCAGAGUGGACUCACCCUCGCCGCGCUGCCAAGGAGAUAAUCAGUUACUUGUCACAGGUUGAGACAGUGAUCGACCAGUACGCCCAGGAUGACCACAGCUAUGGGGGAGCCGACGACGAUGACGACGACGACGACGUCGGUCGCGAGCAGCUGAUGGACAACAUCCUCGAGGAGCUCAAGCACCAGACCGCCAGCAUCAUGGAGGACCGCCAGGGCAGCGUGGUGGCGGAGAAGAUGGCCCGGCGGCUCUCCCCGCUGCAGCUCCGCACCAUGCUCAGCCGGUGCCGCGGGUACAUGCUCAGCCUGGCCAACAAUCGCUACUCCUCGCACGUCCUGCAGACUCUCCUCAGCGUCGCCGGGCAGGUCGUUGAGGACGAAAUCUCUGGAGACGAUGACGCUGACGAAGAAGGAGACACACAGCACUACGAGGAAGAGCCGGGCACCGCAGCCGUAAGCGACGGCAGCAAGAAGAUCGACAAGAUGCAAGAUAUCCUGCUCGCCUUGGUCUCCGAGCUGUCCGGCGCGUGGGCGGAGCUCUUCGCCGACAUCAGCGGCAGCCACGUGGGGCGGGGGUUCCUCCAGGUGCUCGGGGGUAUGCCUAUCCUCUCCGAGAAGCGCGGGCGUCAGUCCCGACACGCCCAUUCCAUCGGCACAGCCGUAGGCCCGGCGAGGAUGGGUGGACGAGGCAACAAUAACCACAGCAACGGCUCCUCGGUAGGCGCCAAGGGCAAAGCUUCCGCCACGCCAUCGGUUGACUCUGAGGCCCUCGAGAAGUGGUCCACGCCCUACAAGCACCGCGUCCCGCGAUCCUUUGUCGCGGCGCUUGGGGAGAUUACCUCGGAGCUCGAGGCGUUGCCAGCGAGCGAGCUGCAGACUCUGGCGUGUGGGACGUUCGGGUGCCCGCUGCUGGUGAUGCUGCUCAGGGUCCACGGCAACCUGGCGACGGCGACGCGCGAGGACAAUCCGGGGUCGUCGUCUGCUGCUGAGACGAUGGUGCUGCCGUGCCUGAAGCACGAGUCGAUGGCGAUGAAAAUCGUGAAGAAGGUGCUCGAGUGGGACGACGAGGAGCGUAGCGCGCAGGUGGUGUACGCCAUCUCGGGGGAGAACACCGCGAGUCAUUUUCUGGAGGCGGUGUUGUGGCUGUCACCCAGAAGCUUCUUCGAGGAGCUGUACCACCGGUGCUUUGAGAGCAACCUACUGGAGUUUUGCGAGCACGGCGUGUCUAACUUCUUAAUCCAGGCAGCGCUGCAGCGAGCGGACGACAAGGCCUUAGCCGAGAAGAUGGUGGAAGCCAUCAGCGACAACGCCUCGGAGCUCCUCAAGGCACGCCGGGCGGGGGUGCUGUGGAGGGCAGCACAGGCUUGCGUCCGCUUGCGGCUCAAGCCCAAGACGCAGGCCAAGAUCCUCCAGGACAUCGCCCUCGCGGUGCAGGCAGGGCACACGGGGAGCGCACUCCCACCACCACCAACUGGCGAGAGCAACCCCAAGGCAGUGCAGGACAAACAAGCAGAAGCGUCGGAUUCUCCCCCUUCCAUCGCGGACGCGUUCAAGGCGGCCCGUGCUUGGGUCCCCGCUUUGCUGAGCCCCCGUCUUCCCGGGGAGGGGGGGCUAGACCGCCUCUUCCUCAACGUCCCCGGGGCGCGCAUCGUGCAGAACGCCUUGCUGUUCGACCCUCCUGUGGCGGCCCCCGUGCUCAAGGCAGUGGCUGCGUUGCCGGACGAUGUUCUCGCCGCCGUUGCCCGCGACAACAUGGGCAGUCGCUGUCUCCUGGACCCUAUUCUGGAAGCGGCGGGGGCGAGAGGUGGAGGGGGGGGUAAGGGCGGGGCCAAGAACAAGCCCGCAGAGGAGGCGAGGAGGGCUAUCUUGAGGGCUUUCAAGGGGCACCUGGUGGCCAUGGCGUGCGAUCGCGUGGCCUGGCAUAUCCUGGUCAAGUGCUUCCGGGGAGUCGACAUGAAGGAAAAGAGGCGAGACAAGAACCGUACGGUGCAGAUCCACAUAGUAGGCAGCAUUAGACAACAAAGUUCGGCGGGAGCAAUCGCAGAAGAACUGGCCGGAGGUGGGGAGCAGUCAUGGUCCCGCAUGUCCGGCUACCCGUCGGGGCGGUCCGUCCUCACGGAAUGCAUGGUCGAGCGGUUCUCGCGGUCGCCUCACGAGUGGGAGGAUGCCUUCAAGACCAGGGACAAUCGUGCCAAGAUACUCACGGAGAUCCUCGCAGUCGAGUCGACAUCUACGACAUCUACAAAGAAGGGGACAUCCGGGAAGAGCAGCGGCGGAAGUGCUUCCGCUAGCGCUAGCAGCAAUGGAGAGGCAGGCAGGCUUGUGCCUUCGCCGUUCACCAGUAAGGCCGAGGAUGGUGAAGAUGGGGGGAAGGGGAAGGAGAAACGGCGGCGUCAACGGGGCCGGGGGAGGAGAGGAAAGUCGUCCGCUGGAGCUGGAGCCCCUGCCGAUGCGGACGGGGGAGGGGACGAUGGCGAGGGGGGCGGUGCACCGGAGCCAAAGGAAACGGUGGCUUCAGUCAAGGAUUCGAAGAGAUUGAAAGAGACACAGAAGGAAGGGGGGGCGCAGGCGGAAGAGGGGAGCGCUGUCGAUGGUGCGGCCACGUCCGAGAAGAAGAAGGGCAAGGCGAAGCAAGGAGGGGGCGUCGUCGAGGGAGGGGGAGAUUCCACCGCCAACCAAGAAAUUUCCAAGAAAAAGAAGAGGAAGCGCCAAGAAGGGGCGCCCGGCUGCGACGGCACGGAGGCAGCGGGGGACACAGCAGCAGCAGCACGGGGAGGUGAAAAAGAGAAGGGAGCCGACCUCUCGUUCGUCAUGGACACCAUCAAGAAGUCGGUGUCCGCAGGCGACAAGCAAGCGCCGCCAUCGCCUACGGCCACCAAAAAAAGAAACAAAAAGAUAAAGAAAAGCGAGGCUUCAAUAGACGUAGGCGAUGACGUGACGAGUGAGGCUAGUGGCGCGGGUGAGAAGACACCGGCGACGGCCAAAGAGGGCGGUAGCACUGGCGGCGAACGGCUGGCUGACACGGGAAAGGGAAAGAGCAAGAAGAAGAGCAAGAAGAAGAGUAAAACAUCUGAGGAGGAACACUUCAAGUGGAAGGCGGUAGAGACUCCGGCGAAGCGAAGAAAGGACGAUGAUGCUGCUGCUGUGGCCGUCGAGAUUGAAGCACGAGGGAGGAAGAGUAGGAAGAGCGGGUUCCGCCUGUUUUAAAUCCCUUUUUGAUGUAGUACAUGCCACCCCAAGCUCUUGCGACAGGUGCUUCCGAUGGAAAAAUGCUGCUGGUUUCCACCACUGUAGGUGAAGCACACUUGUUGGAGAUGUAGCGUGGUCGCCCUUCACGUCAAGGAAUUGUGGCCCUUGUGGUGCGCCCGUGCGCGUGGGAAUGGAAAGCGUGUGUGUGUGAGCAGGGUGACUUUGGGCUUGAGGGAUACAAUUUGUUCUCCCUCGUGAAACAUCGGUGGCUGUUUUUGAAUGGUUUGAAACG